AUGUCCGUCUCCGCAACGAGGAUCCGGCGACCCAACGCAGGCAGCCGCAUGCGUGCGCUCGUCGAGCAACAGCAGCAGCAGGACUCUCUGUUUGAUGAAGAUAUCCUCGACGACGCGGAAGACUAUGUCGUAGAAGCACAGGAGGAUGUGUUUGAUGAGGAUUUUGGAAGCACGGAUGAAGAGGAGGAGGCGAGGGAUGAUGAGGCGCAGGUUCAUGCUGAAGAACGUGCUGCGCGGAAGAAAGCAGUGAAAGGAUUGGGGAUAACGAAGCGAAAUCCGGUCAGCAUCACACCCAAACCGCCGCCCGGACCCACACCGAAAGGCGGCCGCAUCGAAAAGAAAAAGCCCACCCCCCGGCCAGCCCGGACCCACGACCCCACCUCAAUCCGGCAAUCCAACCGCUCCUCCACCGUCGCCUCCAAACGGCAACUCCAAGCCAAGAUGUCCGAACAGCAAAAGCGCAAAGCAGCGAUCCCACAACGCGUGCGCGUGGUGGAAGCAGAACUCACGCAGGAGGAGAAACUGGAGGAGGCCAAGGAGACGGAGCGGAUCAAUCUAGCGAGUUUGCAGAAGAUUCUGGAGGCGGAGGUUGUUACGCGGAUGAGGAGGGGCCAGAGGGAUACGCAGCUUGUGGGGCCGCUGAUACGGAUCAGAUCGUUUAGUGUGAAGGUGUUUGAGAUGGGCGAGGCUGGGCCAUCCAAAGAAACGCAUGUGGAGGAUUCGACAAUUGCGAUGGACGUAGACACGUCGCCACCUACAGCGGGAGAGGCACGGGCGCUCGAGCCAGCAUUGGAGAGCACUAUGGAGUUAGCAGACGAGAGCGCAAUGGAAGCUUCUUCCAUGCAGCACGAAGACACAAUGGAGAACUCUCCCGACCAGCAGACACUUGUGCCUCGUGAGGAGCCAAGUCUCUACGGGAGAUCCACUGUCACCUUCCAAGGUUUCCAAGACGAUCCACUAAAAGCAUGGCAGGACCAACCAACAGCCCCCUCAAAACCAGUCUGCCCCAUUACCGGCCUCGAAGCACGCUACCGUGACCCCCGCACCCUCAUCCCCUACGCCACAAAGGACGCCUACGCAAUUCUCAAACGCCUCAUCAACGCCGAAUACGCGUGGAGUCCAGUCGUACAGGCCUACAUACACCCGUUUGACGUCGUGCCACCCGCAGCGGUGCCGCCGCCUUGGUUGGAGUCGACGUUGGGGACGCCUGCACCUGUGCCGGAGAUCGAGGUUAAGGGGGAGACGGAGGGGGUGGGUGAGGGUCAGGUGAAGAAACCGAGGAAGGACGGGAAAGCGAAAGUGCCGGUUGAUGCGUCUGCCCCUAUGGUGGAGGGGACGGAGGGUGCCGCGGGAAUGCGCGCGACGACGAUCAUGGAUUCGAGCGAUGUUGCGCCAACGUGA